ACCAACAACAAAAUAAAGUGAGUGGUUGAGAGUUCAUUUUUAAUAAAAGUUAAUUUAAACAACAAAAGCAGCUACAAGAAAAUCAAAGCAGUGGAAGAGGAAAAGCAGAGGAUAGUUAGAUAUCAUCUAUGAUAAUUGACGAAAAAUAUUGUGUGGACUUUAAUACCCAAUAUAUCGUAAAUAAGAUUUGUUAGCGUCAAACGGAAUCGUUGCCAAACGGAAACGGAAGUGAAGCCACACCACAACCCCAACCACGCAAAACGCCCCACCGACCAGUGAGGGAAGACGGUAGACCAGAGGGAAAGGGUGUCAUCUGGGAGUCAUCUGGAAGGGGAGGAGAAGCAUAUAACUGGCGAAGCAGACAAACAGUUGAAUAAUGCAAAUUAAAAUACAAUAAAAUGUAAAACACAAGCAACAAGCUGGUGGAAAAUAGCAAGAAAAAGCACUAAAGACACGCGAGUGAAGAGGGGAGAGUGAAGAGCGUGGAGAGUGGGUGGUGUUAGAGGUUGAAAUGCCCAAAAAUGCGUGUGGCGGCAACUUUUCCACUGAAUUGAUUUGAGCGGCGGAGUUGCGUAUACGCGAUUUAAGACGGAGACGGCAAGCGAGAAUUUACAUAAUUUUGCUGCCGUAGCAUAAAAAACAUCAAAAACAAAUUGCAAGUAACAAAAGAAACGGCCAUAAAAUGGCGCCAGCCUUGUAAAAAUAUAGCAAACGGAAAAGAGCAAAGGAAAAUAGAAGGAGAGAUAUCCUUACUGCCCGCUCAAAAUUAAUUUAUGCAGCGGCAGCAGCAGUAGCAGCAAACACCAAAUCAAAUACAAAUACGGUUAAAUAUCAGAAAAAAUAAUAGCAAUUAAAGCAGCGGACGGGGCCGCGAGAAGUGGGAGUAAGCGCGAGCGAACCGCGCGCCAAACGCAAGAGUCACAAAAGAAAAGGGUUCGUGAGGGUUGCCUAUAAAUGUACCAAGACAGCGGCUGCAGCAGCAGUAGCAGUCGACGUGGCAGCACCAGUGCAACAGCAGCAGCUGCAGCAGCACCAGGCGCUGCAACAGCAGGGGCUGCAACAGCAACAGGAACCAGCAGCAGCGACGAGGAAACCCUCGAGACACUCACAAUUAUAACCACAACCAUAACCGAGACCGAGAUCACUGCGGCUGCCACCACGGCAACGGCUACAGCGACAUCCACAACCACAACUGUUAUAGCCACAUCGACGGCAACGGCAGCAACAGCCGCAACAUCAACAGUUGCAACCAGCGACAUCGACGACAGCAGCUUGGCGGAGAGUGAGAGCGAGGAGUGCGAGUACAUUGAGAUCGAUUGCCAGACAGCUCAGGGAUCUUCGGGCAACUGCAGCACCAGCAGUGGCAGCGGCAAGGGUAAUGCCGUGCUGCAACGUGGCAACCAGCAGCAACUCCAGCAUCCACACUCGCACCAGCAACAGUCAGCCACCACGCUAGGCGCCGAUGUGCGGCUGCUGCGCAAGAUCGGCUAUAUAGCAUCUCGGGUCCGAGGCCUGUCAAAAUUCUACGGCGACUUCCACCUGGUCAAUCCGUACAGCGCUCGUCGCCAACGCCGCCAGCUGCAGGAUAUCCUGCUAAAGCACUCGAUCUUCGAUCCGGGCAAGGAGCGGGAGCGCGCCGUUCUUUUGGCAGCUGCCGCAGUGGCAGUUGGAGCAGCAGUCCAGGCAGCACCGCUUCCAGGUAACAGCAGCAGCAGUAGCAUCGAGGCGGCCAGCAGUCACAGUCACAGCCGGAGUCGCAGUCGCAGCAGCGACCUGGAGGAGGAGGAGGAGCCCGAAGAGGAGUCACCCAACGAGGAUCCGUUGGAGCAGCCGGACGACACAGAAGCAGCCACCAUACCAGCAGGAGCAUCAGGAGCAGCAGCCACAGCAACCACAACCACAACAACCACCACGACCACGACUGUACGUCGCAAGUCCUCGAGCAGCUCGACGUUAAGCGGAGCGGCCGCCACCGUUUCCGGUUCCGUGUCCAUUUCGGCCUCCGCCUCGCAGUCGUUCGCCUCUACCAGUACUCCGAUCAACCUGCUGGAGGAGCUACUUAUCCAGUUCUACGAGGACCAGGACCAGCACCGCUGCAAGCUGACCGUCAUUCGGCACCAGCGCGUCUGCAACUCCCCGGACACCACCAACAACAACUGCAAUAACAUUUACAACAAUAAUAAUAACAACAACAACAACAACACCACCACCACCACCGGCCUGGCCCUCACCAUGUCCACAUCCAUGUCGAACAUGCCAGUCACCAGCCCGGACAAUCAGCAGCAGCAGCAACUGCCCGGCAGCUCUACCAGCCAGGUGCCAGGGGCUGCCACAAGCACCGCCUCCUACUUGCAGCCCACCAGCCUGCCCGACGACAGCGAGAAUCCCCGGCGGCGCCGCGCCAGCGAUUGCUCAGCGGUACAGGCGGCUCAAGCGGCGUUGUCGAAUCAACUGCACUGCAUUACGCUGAAGAACAAUAACUGCGCCACGGCGACGGGGAAGCUGCCCUUCCACCGCGGCAGCUGCGGCGCAGCCGGGGAGCACCUGCUCGCGGCAAACUCGAUCGCCAAUCGAGCCACCAUCAUUCUGAGUAAGUCCUGCAGCAAUGUGGACGGCGGUGGCACCGGCAUGGGCAUGGGCAUCGGUGUCGGUGUUGGAGUGGGCGUAGGCGUCACCAACCAAAUGCGUUCCAGUGCAACAAACAUCGAGUCGAAUACCCUGAACGGAGCCCAGGACGCCAUGGCCACCAUUGCCGCAGCGGCAGCCUCAAACAAUGGCAACGGCAACAACGAGUACAGCAUCCUUCAACUGAACAACACGAUCAUUCAAUGUCACUUCAACGAUGACGAUUUCCGCGCCCUGGUCAAGGAUCUCAAGCGCAAGGUCGAGUACACUGAGCGCAUGAAUUGGUUAUGUCUCUCCAAACGGCCAUUGGGACCGCCACAUCGUAAAAGCAGUCUACCAAAGCAUCAGGAGGUGAAGCGUCGUUUCCUGGAAAUUUGUGAUACCAAUUUCUCGGACGAAGUGAAGGCCGCCCUGCGCCUGCCCGCCUUCGAUUCGUACGAGUGGGGCGACGCCGAUGUCAUCCACCUGAUGCAGACCAUGUUCAUCGAGCUGGGAUUCAUUGAGAAGUUCAGCAUUCCUGCGGAGACGCUUCGCGAGUGGCUCUACGAGGUCUACAAGCACUAUAAUGAGGUUCCAUUCCACAAUUUUCGCCAUUGCUUCUGCGUUGCCCAAAUGAUGUACGCAAUUACUCGCCAAGCGAACCUGUUGAGCCGCCUUGGCGACCUCGAGUGUCUAAUCCUGCUGGUGUCCUGCAUCUGCCACGACCUCGAUCAUCCAGGCUACAACAACAUAUACCAGAUCAAUGCCCGCACCGAGCUGGCACUCAGAUAUAACGACAUCUCACCGCUUGAGAACCAUCACUGUUCGAUAGCAUUCCGUUUGCUGGAGCAUCCCGAGUGCAACAUAUUCAAGAACUUUAGCCGCGACACCUUCAACACCAUACGUGAGGGCAUAAUUCGCUGCAUCCUGGCCACCGACAUGGCCCGUCACAAUGAGAUCCUCACACAAUUUAUGGAGAUAACGCCCAUCUUCGACUACAGCAAUCGGGCCCACAUCAAUCUACUCUGCAUGAUUCUCAUCAAGGUGGCGGAUAUUUCGAAUGAGGCCCGACCCAUGGACGUGGCCGAGCCGUGGCUGGAUCGCCUGUUGCAGGAGUUCUUUGCCCAGAGCGCCGCCGAAAAGUCGGAAGGAUUGCCGGUAACGCCAUUCAUGGAUCCGGAUAAGGUAAGCAAGCCAGGAUCUCAGGUGCGCUUCAUCGGUCUCGUUCUGCUGCCCCUCUUCGAAGCUCUCGGCGAGCUGGUGCCGGAGCUCACGGAGCUCAUCAUCAUACCAGUGCGCAUUGCCCUGGAGUAUUACAGACGCCUAAACGAUGCCCAAACCAAGACGCGGAAGUCCGUUGCCGACAGUAACACUUCGGACAGCAACAGUGGCACUAUGGACUCCAAUGCAGCCAUGGUGAGCACACCGGGAGCGUCAGGCGACAAGAUGAUCAUCGACAAAGGCCACGGCAGCACCCAGGGCGGAGGCGCCGGCGGUACCACUGGCAGCAUCUCCCCCCAAAUGCCACGCUCUGGAUCCGGUAUUAGUGUGAAAUCGCGCCGUAGCAUCCCCUCGCAGAAGUCCGCCUCACGCACCUCCGUUGAUGAGCCCGGGGGCAUGGCAGCUGAGCUGCACGAUCUGCCCGAGGGAAGCGAAAGCGGCGACUCGGAGACGGCCACCGAGGUGGAUGUUGCCGAGAAGACCUCCAAGUUCAAAGUAGACACGGAGGGCAGCAGCAACCGGAGCAAAUCGUCGCACUCGAACUCGCGCAAGUCGUCGCGCGAGAAGCGCCCAUCGAUGAUCGGGGAGCUGUGCAGUAGCGGCGGGGGCCAGCGCAUACGCAACUCCUACGGCAACAUCCACGGCUAUCACACCAAUCGCUGUCACUUCGGCAACAAUAGGGCCGUGAGUCUCGACCAGUACAGCAGUGGCCACAGCCGGCGUCUGUCCGACGGUCUGCCCCAGGUGAUCUCCGACAGCAACGUAUUCUACGGACGCCACCACCAACGCAGCGGCCCCGAGUCAGCUGGAGCUACAGCCACACAGCGUGGCCAAGAGGACACCAAUGCCAACACGAGUGCCGGAGCCGGAGCCAGAGCUGGGAGCAAUAUCCAGCUGAAUGAACUGCUGGCCCGCACUGAAGCGGACUCAGAUGCGGAUGGCGAGAUCAGUGCCGCAGAGAUUCUGGCGUCGGCAGCAGCAACAUCGUCACCGGCAAGUGUCCCCCUGUUGGCAGAUGUCGCGGCAAGCGCCUCCUCCAAUGGCAACGUGUCGCCCAGUGGACAGCAGCUGGAGCAGAUCGGGUUGGCCAGCAACGGCGGUAGCAGCAGUCGGGCCACGCCCAGUGCCAGCCAGGCCGGAGUCACCGCAGUGUCGAGUGUUGUCGCCAUGGCCGGCGGAGCGCUUGGCGGAGCCGGUGGCAGCUCCGGUAACUCCGGCUCCGGCUCCGGUUCGUGGAAGUCGCGGCUGCGCCAGUUCUCGGACUACUUCAGCUUCAGCUUUGACAAGGGCAACAAGCGCUUUGGCAGCACCCGCAGCAGUCCCUGCCAUGGUCGGGCCAACAACAAUGGAACCGGACCCGCACUUAGUACCGGCGACAGCAACAUCGCUUUGGAUGCGGCCAGAGGAGGAGGUUCAGGACUAGAAGCUGGUUCUGGGUCUGGAACGAGUGGCGGUAAGCCGCCGUCCAUAUGCUGUACCAUUUCGAAUAGCCAGCAAGCGACAUCGGGCGGAGCUGGAGCUGUAGGUGGCGGAACGAUGCACCGUCAUCGGGCCUACAGCCUGGAUGUGCCCUGCAGCCGCGACCAGGGAAUAACACGCCACUCGUCCAACGACAGCAGCCGCCAGUCGUCUCGCCACGACGACAGCAACAACAUGCUGCACAGUGCAGGCGGUGGAGCCGGCGAGGUCCCCGGUAUACGCAUCGCAUCCGUGGACGGGGUCGUGGUCAUUCCACCCAGCCUCAACGUUGAACUGGAGCUUGGACUGGCCAGUGCCUCCUCUUCGGAGGUAGUGCCAAAGAUUUGACAACAGG